CUUUCAGACAUGGACGUGAAAAAUAAAAUCGCUCUGGUCACCGGAGGUGCGAACGGAAUAGGUUUCGCCUACGUCAGAGAACUCUUGAAGAACGGAGCUGCGCACGUGGCUCUUCUGGAUCUGGCAAACUCGAACGGCGACGAAUCCGCGAGAAAACUGAACGAGGAAUUCGGAGCGGAUCGAGUGCUCUUCGUCGUCUGCGACGUGACCAAGUCGGAGGAAUUCGAAGCGGCGUUCGCCACGACCGUCAAAGAGUUCGGCGGCCUCGACAUCGUCAUCAACAACGCUGGAAUAAUGGACGACGCGAGAUGGGAGCUCGAGAUCGCGAUAAACUACACCGCCGUCGUCCGCGGAACUCUGCUCGGCUACCGGUACAUGGGUAAGGACAAAGGGAACAAAGGGGGCGUCAUCGUCAACAUAUCAUCACUCGCGGGCCUGAUCACGGGUCCGAGCUUUCCCGUUUACAUCGCGACGAAGCACGCAGUCAUCGGCCUGACUCGAUCGUUCGGGCUGCCUUAUCACUUCGAGAAGACAGGAGUUCGCGUUAUCUCGAUGUGCCCAUCCUUCACCAACACGCAACUGAUAACGCAAUGCGUUGGACGGACCCUGGACAGCGUGGAGCAGGAAGAAAUCGACGAAACGUUCUCCACUUUCACUCUGCAAAGACCGGAGAGCGUUGCUGUCGGUGUUCUGCACGCCAUACGUGUUGGCGAGAAUGGCAGCAUCUGGAUCGUGGACAAAGGGCAACCGGCAUUUGAAGUACAGAUGACCGAUCAACCGGUGAAAAAGGUUUCCGCCUGAGGCCAGCGACUAUUCGGGCGAUCGUCUUGAUGUCGAUGAAAAGAAAACAAGAAAAGAAACAUCACGUCAAUUUUCUUUCAAUUUAUUUGCUUCUGUGGCAGCUUAUGUAAAUAAAUUGAAAAUUCAUUAUCUGUAAUCCUUCGAAUAAAUACGAU